CAAGACUGCCGACGACAAUGGCCUCAAGACCCACCGUCAACGUCCGCUCCGUUUCUGGGGAGGCCUCCUCCUCCCUCCCCCUCCCUGCGGUCUUGACCGCACCCAUCAGGCUCGAUGUUGUCCAACAGGUCCACAAGAGCAUCGCUAAGAACAAGAGACAAGCCUACGCUGUCAGCGAGAAGGCCGGCCACCAAACUAGCGCGGAGUCUUGGGGUACCGGUCGUGCUGUUGCCCGUAUUCCCCGUGUUGGAGGCGGAGGAACCCACCGAUCUGGCCAGGCUGCCUUCGGUAACAUGUGCCGUGGUGGACGAAUGUUCGCCCCUACCAAGACCUGGCGCAAAUGGCACGUCAAGGUGAACCAGAACCAACGCCGAUUCGCUGUUGUUUCCGCCCUCGCCGCCUCUGCUCUCCCUUCGCUCGUUCUCGCCCGUGGACACCGAAUUGAGCAAAUCGAGGAAGUUCCCCUUGUUGUUUCCUCCGAGGUUGAGGCCUUCACCAAGACCAAGCAGGCUGUUGCCCUCCUCCAGGCCCUCAAGGCUCAUGCCGAUGUUGUCAAGGUCUCCAACUCUCGCAAGAUCCGUGCUGGCAAGGGCAAGCUCAGGAACCGCCGCCACCGUCAACGCCGUGGUCCUCUCGUUGUCUACAACGAGGACAACGGUAUUGUCAAGGCCUUCCGCAACCUCCCCGGUGUUGAGCUCGUCAACGUCAGGAGACUGAACCUCCUCCAGCUCGCCCCUGGUGGUCACCUCGGCCGAUUCGUUAUCUGGACCCAGGGUGCCUUCGCCCUCCUCGAUGAUGUCUACGGAACCUUCGACAAGGCUUCCGUCCACAAAAAGGACUACUUGCUCCCCACCGCCAAGAUCAGCAACCCCGACGUCACUCGCCUCAUCAACAGCGACGAGAUCCAAUCCGUUGUCCGCCCCGCCGGCCAAAAGAUCCAGAAGCGACCCUGGGCACAGAGGAAGAACCCCCUCGUCAACAAGGCUGUCUUGUUCCGUCUCAACCCCUACGCCAAGACCCUCCGCCGACAGGAACUCCUCAAGCAGGAGCGAAUCAAGGCAAAGAAGGCCAAGAAGCCCAAGGCUCCCAAGUCUGCUGGCAAGGUGUUCUUGGAGAACCUCCUCGCUCCUUAAGAACCUCGACUCUGCCCUGUAUGACUGUGCUCUUCGAUACUUCCAUGUCCUAUGUUCUAUGCAGUGUAUGUCCACCGUCGGAAAUUAUCAAAAAACGUAACACUGUCGAAUGUGGCCACUCCC